AUGAAAGCAGCUCUCGGCCUAAUCCCGCUGCUGGGCUGCAUCAGCAUUGUGUGCUCGCUGCCUAACCCUCAAACUAGGGCUGAGGCUGGGCCUGGGGCUGGUGAGGAUGACAAAGUGCCGGCCACCUUUGCCAGUGAAGCCUCGCAGCUGAUUGCGAUGCAGCUGUUGAAGCACAACAAAGACAUUGAUUCCAAUCAGGUGCAUUCCCCGCUCGGAGUCGCCACUAUUCUGGCGGUGCUCGCAGAGGCAGCACAGGGCGAGACCUACGAGGAAUUCUCACAGGUCUUUGGUUUUCCCAAAGAACGUGGCGAUCUGAGAGCCGCCUUCCAGCGCAUUCUCGCCAACUAUCAGAAUCGAGAUUCGGCUGUCACAUUGCCCUCAUUCCAGACCUGGUUCUAUGUCUAUCGCAAUAAUAGUGUGUUUGAGGAUUACAAGCAGCUGCUGCAGAGCUACUACUACGUCGAUGUGAAGGAUAUCAGCAGGCAGGAUUACGAUUGGAGUGAGCCGAACACAUUGCUCCAAUUGGAUGCAAACAACAAGAGCAGCAAUGGUAAAGAUGUCAUCGGUUUUGAGACACUCAAACGCAUCAAAUUGGAUGAUGACGAUGCUCCGCUGGCCACCAGUGAUAAUUAUGGCGAGGAAGUGUUGGACAAAGAGGCAUCCAAAUUUGAUCGCGAUGUGGAUGACAAGCAGUAUGUGGAAAAACCAGUUGCUCUAGCCGAGGCCCAGUUGGCAACGGAAGCCGCAGUUGCCGGCACAGAAAAACCAGUAAUUCCAGAUGAUACUUUAAUAGUGACCAGUGGUGAUUCUGAUGUUGACAUCAGGUUACCAACUAAACGCAGUGGUAGCGAACAGCAGCCCAAUGUGGAGGAGAACGAAACGGUGCAGGAGGAUGAGAAGAUACACAAACAGCUCAGCACUGCUGACCAAGUGACGGAUGGUGAACCCGAGAAGGUGCGUCUACCCCUCCAGAAACUGGAAACGGCCGUCAAGUCGAUGAUCAAGGAGGGUGCCGAUGAGAUUAUGAUUGCACUCGAAUCCCAUCUCAGCAACGUGGCGCGGGCAUAUGGAGCACGCAGUUUGUUCCGGCAGGAUGACAUUGCCUCCGCGCUGAGUGCCAAUUCCAUUACUGGUCGCGCCGUUGACUCCAAGUCGAAGAUGCUGCUCUUUAAUGGACUCUACUACAGGGGCAGCUGGGCACAGCCAUUUCAUCAGUUGCGCGAUGGCAGCGAUGAGUUCUUCUUUAUGACCAGCGAGGAUGCAAUGAAGACGCCCAUGAUGCAUGCCCAGGGCAAGUUUAAUGUGGCCGAGUUGCCACAUUUGAAGGCACGUCUCCUGGCGCUGCCCUACGAGAAUGCCCAGUACAGUUUGUGCAUUGUGCUGCCCAAUGAAGCGGAGGGUCUCAGCGAGGUCAUCGCUCAACUCCAACCCAGUGAUUAUAGAUUCGCCAACGAGCACCUCGAGUUGAGGCAGUUGCAUGUGACGUUGCCCAAAUUCCAGGUGGAGGAAACUUCACGCUCCGAAUCGAUGCUGAAGAACUUGGGACUCAAGCGCAUCUUUUCGAGGGGUGAGGCACAACUGGGUCUGCUGUCCGAGGAUGAGGAUCUGCACAUCGAUGAGAUCGUUCAGUUUGUCAAUGUGCGAGUGGAUGAGGGCGGCAGUAGCGCCAACUCGCUAUCAGCAGCCACAACACAGGCCCGUUCCCCGCUCUUCAUAUUGCAGGAGCCGGAACCGGAACCGGAACCGGAACCGGAGGGUGUUGAGCGUUUCGAUGUGAACCGUCCGUUUGUCUACUUUGUGGUGGACUGCAAAAAUGCAUUUGUGCUCGCCUCCGGCAAAAUUUAUGCGCCUGAAUUGAAGGAUGAACUGCCACCCGUCUCCAUUGAGGUGGAACUGGAGCAAUCGUAGUAUUUAUCGCU